AUGGGUCAUCCACAAGUCUGCAUCAUCCCUGGAGCGUCAGCCUUUUCAGAAUUUCGGCGUCAGGCUCUUGCCUCCAAUGUUGGCGCCCGCGACGUUCAGGGACAGUAUAUUCACUAUGUGGAACUUGUGGGAUCCCUUGAAUCUGAGAGCCAUGCGCUACUGGAAAAAUUGUUGACCGACGGCCACCAUGUAGAUGCCCAGGAAAAGGAAGGCGAAUCUUCCACUGUCCUUUAUGUUGUGCCCAGGCCGGGCACUAUCUCUCCUUGGAGUUCAAAAGCGACCAACAUUGCUCAUGUUUGCGGACUUCGGAAAGUGGUUCGUCGAAUCGAACGAGGCAUCAAGGUUACGGUGUACCUUGACGAUGGACAGUCUCUGGGCGGAUCGAGCCUUGACUUCCUCCAUGACCGGAUGACAGAGACUAUCUCAGAAAAUGAGCCAGACCUCAACCUCUUGUUCAUGCACCACGAGCCUGGCGUACUGGGUACAUAUGACCUAUACAAUGACGGACAGACUCCCUCAGAGAUUCUUCAAGAUUUGAAUCGCAAGCUAGGUCUUGCACUCGAUCCGUCAGAGAUCCAGUAUCUUGUCGAAGCCUAUUCCAAAGACGGGCCAGUUCCGAGAAAGCCUACAGAUGUUGAGUUGUUUAUGUUUGCUCAGGUCAACUCAGAACACUGCCGGCAUAAGAUCUUCAACGCAAGCUGGACUAUCGAUGGAAAACCCAAGACUAACACUUUGUUUGGCAUGAUCAGAAACACGCACAAACAGACUCCGGAAGGCACCAUCAGUGCAUACAGCGAUAAUGCAGCUGUACUAAACGGCAGCAAUGGGAGUCUGUGGGCUCCUGACGAUCUCAACGGCCAAUGGAGAGCAACGAAGGAACCAGUACAUUUCCUUGUUAAGGUCGAAACCCACAAUCAUCCUACCGCCGUCUCCCCUUUUCCGGGAGCGGCGACCGGCUCAGGAGGUGAAAUCAGGGACGAAGGUGCAACAGGAAGAGGAGCAAAGCCCAAGGCCGGUCUCGCAGGAUUCUGCGUGUCCGACCUGCUGAUACCUGAUCACCACCAGCCGUGGGAGCUCGACUAUGGCAGACCCAAUCAUAUCGCUAGCAGUCUCGACAUCAUGCUCGAAGCACCAAUUGGAAGUGCAGCUUUCAAUAACGAAUUUGGUCGACCAUGUACUACCGGUUAUUUCAGAACGUUACUUAUCGAAAUGAAAACGGGCAAAGACUCUACUGAAAUCAGAGGCUAUCAUAAGCCUAUCAUGAUUGCGGGAGGCGUAGGUACUGUUCGACCCCAGCAUGCUCUGAAAGAUCCCGAGAUCGUCAAAGAUGGUGCGUUUUUGAUUGUCAUGGGUGGUCCCGCCAUGUUGAUUGGUUUGGGAGGGGGAGCCGCAUCGAGUGUCAGUUCUGGAGAAGGGUCAGCCGAGCUAGAUUUUGCCAGUGUUCAACGCGGCAACCCCGAAAUGCAGAGAAGGGCUCAAGAAGUCAUCAAUGCAUGUACCGCGCUUGGUUCGCAUAAUCCCAUCCUCUUCAUCCACGAUGUCGGUGCAGGAGGUCUGUCGAACGCCUUGCCGGAACUGGCCAAAGACUCCGGGCUUGGUGCGGAAUUCGAGCUUCGAGAUAUCGACUGUGCAGAUAAGAGUAUGAGUCCCCUCCAGAUCUGGUGUAAUGAGGCUCAAGAGCGGUAUGUUCUCGCGGUAGGACAGGAAGGUAUGAACAAGUUCAGGGCAAUCGCAAAAAGAGAGCGUUGCGAGAUCUCAGUUGUGGGAAGAGCCACGAGGCAGCAAGUGUUGAAGCUAACAGACCGUAACCACCCGACGAACGGCUCUGAUCAACAAGAUCCUAUCGACCUCCCAAUGGAAGUACUCUUCGGCAAACCACCUAAGAUGACUCGCGACGUGCUUUCACGCGAAGUUGAUUUACCAGGAUUUGAUACCAGCUUGAGCAUGUAUGUGCCCCAGGCGUCAAUGAGCGGUUUGCUUCAAGAAGCAAUUGACCGAGUGCUUCAAAUGCCGGCGGUCGGAUCCAAAUCCUUCUUGAUCACGAUAGGAGACAGAACAGUCGGCGGACUCACAGCUAGAGAUCAAAUGGUGGGACCAUGGCAGGUUCCUGUGGCAGAUGUAUCUGUUACAGCAACGUCACUUACCAGUAGUAUCAGAACCGGUGAGGCGAUGGCAAUGGGCGAAAAGCCAGCCAUUGCGCUCAUCUCUCCAGCAGCAUCCGCACGUAUGGCAGUGGCUGAAUCACUGAUGAAUCUCACUGCAGCAGACCUACCCGACCGUCUUCAUCAGGUCAAGCUCUCCGCAAAUUGGAUGUGUGCAUCUACUCAUCCCGGUGAAGGCGCUGGGAUCUACGAAGCUGUGGAAGCAUUGGGCAUGGAUCUGUGUCCCAAACUCGGUAUUUCAAUCCCUGUCGGUAAAGACUCCAUGUCCAUGAAGAUGAAAUGGACAGACCCCCAGAGCGAGGAUGCAAAGGAAGUCACGAGCCCCUUAUCAGUCGUGAUAUCUUCAUUCGCCCCCGUCCUAGACAUCAGGAAGACGUGGACGCCGCAGCUAAAACGGUACAGCGAAGUGGGCGAAUCUACGCUCUUCUUUGUGGACUUGGGUCUCGCGCACCGUGCCUUGGGAGGGUCCGCCCUCACACAAUCCUUCAAACAAAUUGGCGAUGAAGCACCCGACAUCCGCUCCGUCUCCUUAUUCAAAGACUUCUUUGACGCCACACAACAACUGCACGAACAAGGCCUCGUGCUGGCUUACCACGACCGUUCGGACGGUGGCCUCUUCGUGACCCUUGCAGAGAUGUCGUUUGCCGGUCGCUGUGGCAUAGAAAUCAUGAUUAACGACAUAUGUCCCACGCCGCACACGUCGGACGUAAUCUCCACUUUGUUCAACGAAGAAUUGGGAGCAGUAUUCCAGGUUCGCAAAUCUGAUGAGAAUCACUUCAAAGCCUGUUUCGCCACGUGCGGGCCCCCUCCUGGUCUCAUCCACAAGAUCGGCCGUGUAUCCACGAAAUCUUCCUCUCAAAACAUGGCUAUCUAUCACGGUGGGAAACUAAUCUACCGCGCGACUCGUGGUCAGUUACAACAAAAAUGGUCAAACACGUCAUACUGGCUUCAACGACUUCGAGACAACCCUUCAUGCGCGGACUCGGAGUACAACGCAAUCCUCGACGACGCUGAGCCAGGAUUGAGCUAUAACCUUACAUUCGAACCCAAGGAGAACAUCAAUACAUACAAAGCGUCCUUCCUCAAUUACAUGCGUCCCACUGCCCGACCACGUGUCGCCAUCCUGCGAGAUCAAGGCACUAAUGGCCACGCGGAGAUGGCGUUCGCGUUUGAAUGCGCCGGAUUCACUGCGGUAGACGUCCAUAUGUCUGAUAUCCUCGACCCGAAACCACACCAGUCACACCUCGGCGUGGAUCACGACCUCUCUUCCUUUGUAGGUCUCGCUCUAUGUGGCGGCUUCAGUUUCGGCGACUGUCUCGGUGCAGGUCAGGGGUCGGCGAAAUCGAUCCUCUUCCAUCCCACAACCCGGCGAAAAUUCCACACCUUCUUUGAAAGGCGAGACACUUUUUCAUUGGGCGUCUGCAACGGGUGCCAAGUCCUCUCCAAACUCAAAGAACUGAUUCCCGGGGCGGAGAAGUGGCCGUCUUUCGAGAGGAACGAGUCCGAACAGUACGAGGCGCGAGUCUGCAUGGUCAAAGUCUCUGACCCGCCUGUGGAGUCAGGCAUGGCGCCCAGCGUGUUCUUGCACGGCAUGAGCGGUUCUUCGUUCCCCAUCGCCGUCGCACACGGCGAAGGCCGCGCCUCGUUCACGAACGACCUCCCUCCGCCGCAUACGGGAAACAGGACCUGGGACGCGUCUCUCGCGCAUGACUUCACGUACGCCAACCUCGCGCCAAUCCGGUACGUGGACAGUAAAUCCCUGCAGCCCACCACGACGUACCCGGCCAACCCGAACGGGAGUCCUGCCGGGAUCGCCGGCGUGCGAAGCCAAGAUGGACGCGUGUUGGCCCUGAUGCCGCAUCCUGAGCGCACGAUCUUGGGCGGCGUGGCGAGUUACAUCCCCGAGCAGGCGAUGAUGGGGGAGAAGGAUGCAUGGGGCGACUGGGGCGAGCACGGGCCGUGGAUGAGACUCUUCCAGAGUGCGAGGAGAUGGGUUGGAUAA